CUCUCUCUCUCUCUCCCCGCAGCCUCGGGCGCCAUGGGGGUCCGGCCGGCGUCGCCCUUCCCCGUCCCCCUCCUCCUCCUGCUCUUCCUCCUCCUCCUCCUCCUCUUCCUCGCCGCCGCCGACGACCUGCUGGUGCCCACCUCGGCCGGCCCCGUGCGGGGCGUCCGCCUGCCGGCGGGGGCGACGGGGGAAGUGGGGGCGUUUUUGGGCAUCCCUUACGCCGAACCCCCCGUGGGGCGACUUCGUUUCCAACCCUCCCGACCGGCCGCCCCAUGGCGGGGGGUGCUGGACGCCUCCUCUUACCGGCACGCCUGUUACCAAGCCGUCGACACCAUGUUCCCGGGAUUCGGCGGUUCCGAGAUGUGGAAUCCCAACCGGGAGAUGAGCGAGGAUUGCCUCUACCUCAACGUGUGGGUCCCGCUCCCUCGCCCCACGGCGCCGGUUCCCGUCUUGGUUUGGAUUUACGGCGGGGGGUUCUACAGCGGCGCCUCCUCCUUGGACGUCUACGACGGGCGGUACCUGGCGGCCGCCGAGGGGCUGGUGGUGGUUUCCAUGAAUUACCGCGUGGGGGCUUUGGGGUUCUUGGCUUUGCCGGGACACCCCGAAGCUCCGGGUAACGUGGGGCUGUUGGACCAACGGUUGGCUCUGAGGUGGGUCCAGGCCAACAUCGGGGCCUUCGGAGGGGACGCCGCCGCCGUCACCCUCUUCGGCGAGAGCGCCGGCGCCGCCUCCAUCGGCCUCCACCUCCUCUCCCCCGGCAGUCGGACCCUCUUCCGACGCGCCGUCCUCCAAAGCGGUUCCCCCAACGGGCCCUGGGCCACCGUGGGGGCGGCGGAGGGAAGGCGCCGGGCGGCCACCUUGGGCAAACUGGUGGGUUGCGGCGGCGGCGGCGGCGGCAACAACGGCAACGAGACGGAGCUGUUGGCCUGUCUCCGCGCCAAGGCGCCGCCGGAGCUGGUGGAGCAGGAGGCGGCCGUUUUGCCUCAACAAGGCGUUUUCCGCUUCGCCUUCGUGCCGGUGGUGGACGGGGAGUUUUUGGCGGACGCCCCCGAAGCUUUGCUGGCGGCCGGGGGUCGGCCCGACGCCGAGGUGCUGCUGGGAGCCGUCCAAGACGAAGGCACCUAUUUUUUGGUUUACGGGGUGCCGGGUUGGGAAGAUAACGAGAGUUUGAUUAGCCGGGAGGAGUUUUUAGGGGGGGUGAGGUUGGGGGUGCCCCAAGCCAACGAGCUGGCGGCCGAGGCGGUGGUUUUGCAGUACACGGAUUGGUUGGACCAGGACAACCCCGUGAAGAACCGGGAGGCCUUGGACGACAUCGUGGGGGACCACAACGUGGUGUGUCCCCUCAUGCACUUCGCCCAGCGGUGGGCGGAGAGGGGGGGGACGGUCUACGCUUACCUCUUCGACCACCGGGCCUCCAACCUGCUGUGGCCCCCCUGGAUGGGGGUCCCGCACGGCUACGAGAUCGAGUUCGUCUUCGGGCAACCCCUCAACCCCCACCUCAACUACACGGGGGAGGAGGAGCAGCUCAGCCGCAGGAUCAUGCGCUACUGGGGCAACUUCGCCCGCACCGGGGACCCCAACGAGGCGUCGGAGCAGGAGCCGCGGUGGCCGCUCUACACGGCCGCGGGGCAACGCUACGCCCGGCUCAACGCCCGGCCCCUGGCGGUGGCCCAGGGCCUGCGCGCCCAGGCCUGCGCCUUCUGGACACGCUUCCUCCCCAAGCUGCUCAACGUCACCGGCCCCAUGGAGGAGCGGAACGUCAAUGGCGGCUGGAGUUUCACCGCUGGAGCUCCUACAUGAUGCGCUGGAAGAGCCAGUUCGAGCUCUACAGCCGGCAGGAGCGGUGCCACCCCCUCUGACCCCCCCCCGGCACCCCAAAACUGGCACCCCGGCACCCGCCCUGGCACCCCAACACCGGCACCCCCACACCGGCGCCCAACGGUGGCAUCCCAAGGCAUGGGCACCGCCAUCGGCACCCAAAAACCGCCAUCGGCACCCAAAAACUGUCAUCGGCACCCAAAAACUGGCCCCCCUGACACCCCAAAAUCGGCACCCUGGCACCCCAAAACCCCGGCACCCAACACCCCGACACCGGCA